AAGGAAGGGACUCGCACCGAAACCAUAUCAAGAAGAAUUACAGAGAAAGCGAGGCGGUCGAGAUCCGGCGAACUUCGUCGGGUUUCGUUCAUUCCAUUUGGAGCUUCCACAAGAUCUGUUCCGUUCAUCUGUGCUGGGGUCUUCUAAUCGGACAGUGGUGUCAUGAAAAUGAAGGGCUCUUGCUCUUUUGUUGCGUCCGCACUCGUCGCAUCUACAGUGGCUCUCACCUCUUCCUCGGCUCAUCCUGACGUCUCUUUCAAUCCCUGCUCCAAUAUGGGCUCAUCUUCUUCUUCGGGGAAGGGUGGCGCUACCACUUGUCAAGUGAUGUCGUCCGAUAGGGAGAAAUUCGCCCCAAGAUUUGAUGGCUUGAGGUUCAUCGAGACUUUGGUGACGGCACACAGGUGACCCAGAGACGAGAGCCGUCUGUCUCUUUCGCCUAAUCGUAUUGCAUGGACGGUUGUGAAAGGCAGCGUUAAUUGUUGACUAUAGCAUUAUUUGUAAAGAUUCGAAAAACAGCAUUAACUAUAGGCCUGUAGUCCCAUUUAAUUAUUAUUGUUCUGCUCUGCUCUGAUAUUUGAUUUGUGAUUGAUGGGAGGGUCAUUUUCGUCGGUUUCCCUUGUGUUUUUUUAUGUUGUUGUUCCACUUCCAACUCCUCAUUCAUUUGUCUUUGUACCGGAAAUUUAGGGCUUGUUUGAAAUCAUCUUAUAUGGUGUUACUGAAGGAUAUGAGCUGUUUGAAUGUGUACCCUGC